UACGUAAUGUGUAUCGUAACCACCAACAAAAAAACACCAUUUUACGAGUGUGUUGUACUUGUACAAGUUAAAUACUACUUACAAAAGCUAUGGCGGGUCAUUGCCUUAAAUAGAAACUCAAGUCCAUGCAAGACUUAAUAUCGAAACCUAACUAUUGACCUAUAUUUUGAUCUCGAACCAAACAAAUUCUCAAGAAAUGGUGAUGGAGGAGACAUCAAGAACGCCGUCGCCUUAUUCAGUUGUAUCAGAGUGUGAAGGAACACUACUAAAGAGCAAUGAUCCAUUCUCUUACUUCAUGCUCCUUGCCUUUGACGCCUCUGGUGUAAUCCGUUUCGCCAUCUUGCUGUUUCUCUGGCCCGUAACCACACUUCUUAACGUCUUCAGCUACAAAAACGCCGCUCUCAAGCUCAUGAUCUUUGUAGCGACGGCUGGUCUCCGCGAAUCAGAUAUCGAGCUGGUGUCUAGAAUCGUCUUGCCUAAGUUUUACAUGGAUGAUUUGAGCAUGGACACGUGGAAGGUUUUCAGCUCGUGCAAGAAAAGGAUCGUGGUGACUAGGAUGCCUCGAGUUAUAGUGGAGUGGUUCGCUAAGGAGCAUCUUAGUGCGCAAGAGGUCAUCGGCACAGAGCUAAUCGUGAACCGAUUUGGUUUUCUCACCGGUUUGAUUCAGGAAACUGAUAUCGAUACAAUUGUUUUAAACCGUGUCGCAAGCUUGUUUGUUGACAGGAAGCCUCACCUAGGUCUUGGAAGACGACCAGCUUUGUCGAAUUCUACAACAUUCUUAUCGUUAUGUGAGGAGCAAAUUCAUGAAUCGAAUAAGUGGAACCAACAAGUUGAGGUGCAGCCGCCCAAACCGGUGAUCUUCCACGAUGGAGGUCUCGUGAAGCGACCAACACCAGCCACUGCUCUCACCAUUCUCAUCUGGUUCCCCUUUGGUAUCAUUCUUGCAGUGAUACGGAUCCUUGGUGUGUUCGUUCUCCCAAUGUGGCUCAUACCUUACGUCAUUAGCUUAUCAGGCUGCCGAGUCACCGUGAAGGGAAAGCCUCCGCACACUGCUGGAAACUCUGGUGGCGUACUCUUUGUAUGUAAUCACAUAACUACGAUAGACCCUGUUGUGAUAUCUUAUGCCCUCGGACAUACCACCCCUAUCGUUGUAAUAUUCCACCUCUCGCGGUUUUAUGAUAUCUUGUCUCCGGUCCCCAUCGUACGGUUCACCAGAAACCGUGAUGUCGAUGCAGCAAAGAUGAAGCAAGAGCUGGCUAAAGGAGAUCUAGUGGUCUGUCCCGAAGGAACCAUUUGCCAUCAACCAUUCUUGCUCAGGUUAUAAGCUGGGAAUAUUUAUUGAUAUUAUUUAUCUAAUCAUUAUAUUAUACAAGUCAAACCAUCCAUAACCAUACCUUAUGCAGGUUUAGCGCUUUGUUCGCGGAGUUAACAGACAGAAUCGUGCCCGUGGCCAUUAGUUGCAGAUUUGGAUUCUUCCGAAGGACCCUA